AUGGCCGCACUGGUUCAAACAAUCUCUCAACACAGUAGCACAACACCGGUGCUCCAGACUCGUCCUACCUCCGCUUCAUCCUCCAAUACUUUCAUUCCACACUCGACUCAGAACUCAGGCCAUUCCUACCAAAACAUGUCCUGGGGUACAUUCAAUAACGGCAACACGGGGGUAUAUCGCGCGGGCCACCCGGUUGUCGCACCUUAUACAUAUGCUGCCAACAUGGGUCCUGGAGCCUCGUCCCCCACAGCCCAGCAUCGCCCCUCGUGGUCACCUCACCUGCGUCCGGAGCACCGUACAUCCUCGGCUCCUGCAAUCCACCAGAUCGCACCGCACGGCUCCCACCAGGCAACUCCGCGUCUGAACAACCCUGCAGCUGGCUCUGUAUCGAAUUCUGCGCCCGCAAACUCUUCCUUUCGCUCCCACGUCUCUCAGGACGACUCUGCCCUCCCUUCUCGGCAAUCGAGAGCGGACCAACCGCCCCGUCCUGUUUCAAUGGCCAACCUUCCUCCGCCUAACAUCGCCCUGACUGCAUCCUCGGCCACUACCGCCAAGCCAUCGCCGAAUCGUUACCGUCGUCCGAACCAGCAGCGCGCAGACAGCUUCCAAUCCCAGUCAUCGGGGUCGGUGACCACACCCCCAGCCGUUGAAGAUAAGCUUCCUCUCGGCUCUGGCCCGAUUCUGCGAACUGGCGGCCACAACCGAGUAUCUAGCGUGGACGACGCUUCCGUGCAGGAGAAAUCCCAGCCUGAACUUGCCAAGCGUUAUCGACGCCGGAGCCUGGGGACGAUGGACCCUGCAACAUAUCCCCAGCUGGAUGUGCAAUUGCCGGCCGCAUCCGCUACGCAAUCGGGCGCUUACGAUUUCAUUACCUUCGAUUCUAAUACAAGGCCCCGCUCAGCUCAUUCACAUCGGGAUAGCGUAGCAAGUGGUCAUUCGACCCAGUCUUCAACAUCAUCGCCUCGUGAGUGUUCCCCAGCCGAGACCACUGCUGUAAUUGGCAAGACGGUGCGAACUGAGGAAAAGCGGGUCAACAAACCAUCCCCCCUUUCUCAACAGCCGUCGACCACACCGGACUCGCCCAAGCUCGCUCCUCCCAAGACUCAAGCUUCGACGACAGCAACCGCAACCGCAACAUCAUCCCCGGAGAGCUCGCCAGCCGCCCGGCGCCUGGCCGAACUGAAGAAUGACCAGAGGCGUCCGGGCAAAUCACGACUCCGACGUGCUUUCUCCUUUGGCAGCGCCUCGGAGCUGUUGAAGGCUUCCUCUGCCCAGCAAGCCGCGGCUAAACGGGAAGCAGCGGCAGCGGAGCAAGCCCGUCGUGAGGCUCUUCGCGAAGAGUUGGGAGAGGAACAAGCCGCCAUCGCGGAGCAACAGGAAGCCAGUGGGUUGGGUGAGAAUAUCUACUCCCACCAGGGCAAUUUCUUCCGGGGCUCCACGGAUGCGUUGUCUGUCUCGUCAACUGCCUCCUCCGCGUCAAUGAUGCUCCGGAAGAUGGGCAAGGGAAUGAAGCGAGGGGGUCGGUCACUGGUUGGACUUUUUCGUCCAAAGUCUAUUGCGAGCAUCAGCUCCAUCGAAGGUGCCGGAGCAUCAGAGCAGCCCAUGGCGGCUCCCAGGAUCUCCGUCGUCAACAUCGAAGGAGAGCGAGCAGAGCUGGAAAGCGUAACAGUCAACGCAGAUCCGCAGGACAUGCCUCGUGGGGGAACCGUGUUCCCGAGGUCCGAAGGUCCCUCGGAGCCUCGCCGAUCGGUUUCGGUGCGCGAGCGUUCGCAGCAACGCAGUGUCUCGGAUAACACCCCCGACACGCGCAAGAGUAUCAUGGGUGGAGACCGAGAGCGUGCAGAGGUUUUGUCCAAGAUCCGCAAGACCAGGGGUAUCUUAAAGAAAACUCACUCCGACUUUGGUGUAUCGUCCCAAGCCCGGGCACAGAACGGCAGUGAAUCGCCUCAUUCAAGUGCCCCACCCACUCCCGAUGAUGGUUUGCGGGCUGCUCGCCCUGGUGAGCAUAUCAAGAUCGCUGGGGAGGAUUAUUUUAUGUCUCAAGGCGGACGCUUCGCAGGGGAUGACCCUAAGGGUACCCCCAUGACCCCCCAACCCACUUCACGAAACAUCGUCUUCAGUCCUCGCAUUCAGUAUCACGACACCUGGCCCAGCGGGGAGUACGAUCGUCGUGGUGACAUCGCGACUUGCAAUCGCUUGACGCCGCUGCUUGCUCAACAGAUCCGGGAAGAAAUCAACAACUUCAAAAUGGAGAUGGAGGUUCACGAGAAUUCCAAGAUUUACACGCACUUCAUUUGA